CCCCUCCUCCUCGCCGGCGGCAAGUCCACCCGCAUGGGCUCGCCAAAGCAUCUCCUGCCCAUGCCCGACGGCCGCCCGCUCUACCAGCACCAGCUCGACCUCCUCGCCCGCGCCUGCCCCGACGCACCAACCAUCUACAUCUCCCUCGCCCAGGACUCGCCGCUCGACCGCUUCCUGCAAUCCCUCACCCCAAGCCAAGACCCACCCUCACCGCCCACUUCUCCCCGUCCCACCACCGCCCCGCCGGCGCCGGCAUCAGCACCAAACCCCAACCCAAACAAACCAAGCAUAGCCCUCCUCCGCGACGCGCGCCCCAACCCCGCCGCCCGCUCCGCCGGCCCCGCCGCGGGCCUGCUCGCCGCCUUCCGCGCCCGCCCGGCGGCCACCUGGCUCGUGCUGGCCGUCGACUACCCGCUGCUGACGCCGGGCAUGCUACGGGCGCUAUGCGCGGCAUACGCGCCGCCCGUGACGUGUCUCCGGAACGCGGACGGGUUCUGCGAGCCGCUUGUUGCUGUGUGGGGGCCGGCGGCGCUGGGGGAGCUGCGGCGCCGGGUGGAG